UGUUGGCAUUGACAACUUUCGAUCGGGUGAAAAUGGCUGUUAUAAUAUUAAAGCUAUCGUCUCAAAUAGAUUUUAUACAGCGAAGCGCCAUUAUAGUCAUUAUCAUGCAAGAUACAUGUCAGUGAACAAGAGUCGCAAUUUGAAUAAUUUAAUUCCAGUUCAGCAAACACCAAUUCAAUUCACAAAGAAGCCUGGUUUAAAAUUGCUUCAACUUGCUGUCCUAAAUGCUAGAUCAAUAAAGAACAAAACACUACAAAUCAAAGAUUACAUUGUGGAUAAUGAUAUAGAUAUUAUGGCUCUCACAGAAACUUGGAUUAAAGGUCAUGAGAAUUGUGAAUUUGCAACGCGUGAUAUUUGUCCUUCAGGUUAUGUAUUUUCCCAUGUUCCAAGGGAAUUUGGCUCUGGUGGGGGAGUUGGCAUUAUAUUUAAGCACUCCUUAAAAAUUAAAGAACUUAAGACCGCAAAAUCAUUUAAAUCAUUUGAGCUGAUGCAAUUACUGCUUCGUAAGAACUCCGUGACUACACGUAUUGUGGCAAUCUACCGCCCUCCCCCAUCAUCAACUAAUGGUUUUACAGUUAACAUAUUCUUUGAUGAAUUUUCAUCUCUCCUGGAGUUACUGGUAUCUUCGUCUGGUAAAUUGCUCAUAACCGGGGACUUUAAUAUCCAUGUUAACGAUACGUCUGAUGCAACUGCUCUUAAGUUUCUGGACUUACUUGACUCGUUCAAUCUUAUACAGCACAUUAGCACGCCAAAACAUAAAAAUAGUAACACUUUGGAUCUGAUUAUCACCAGAUCAGAUGAAGAGACUGUCUGUAAUUUAUCUGUCAAUGAUCCUGUCAUUUCAGAUCACUUUGUUUAACAUUGUAACUUGAAUUUGGCUAAACCUACUAAAAUUAAGAAAAUUGUAACAUGCAGGAAAAUUCGAUCAAUUAACACAGAAAAGCUGCGCAAUGACAUAAUGAACUCGUCACUAUGCCUAUCGCCUCAGCCUGUUCUUUCGGAACUUUGUGACCAAUAUGACAAGGUUCUAUCUUCAAUCCUCGAUGAUCAUGCACCACUAUUGACUAAAACUGUCAUCCAACGACCAACAGCUCGUUGGUACGAUGAGGAUAUUGCAAUGCAAAAAUCCAAGAGACGCAAGUUCGAACGAUGCUGGCGUCGUUCUGGUCUCCAAGUUGAUCUACAGGUUUACAUUAAUCAGUGUCUAUUGGUCAAAGAAUUAGUUAAUAGUGCAAAAGCGAAUUAUUCUUCUUCCUUGAUUGAGGAAGCGGGAUCAGACAAUAUAAGAAACUGUUUCACACUAUUGAUCGUCUCCUCCAUAGGCUUCCUGAGAAAUUCUAUCCGUCAU